CGUUGCACGAAGCGCCCAGGCAUUUCCGUGACAAACCUCUUCCCAUCCUCCAGCUCGGUGUCCGUUAUCAAUCAAUCUUAUCUCCGCGGAUGGUCCGGAUUUGCCGACGUCGGCAUAUCCGUGAUUGGGACCCGCCUUUGUUAGCCAGCUCGGGCCAACCCCAGCCGGAAAUCGCCCCUUCGAGCGUCAUGGCCCGGGGUCAAGUCCCGCAUCCCCAGGAACUUUUUGGCUUGUUCACAUCUUCCUCAAUCCAGCAAACAACGCCAGCACUCAAGACUUGAUAUCGACAUCCAAACCGGAUUUCGACAUCGCGACACCGACAGCCUGCGUUUCGAACGACACGACAGAUUCCACAGCACUCAAAAUGUUUUCGAGAACCGUCCGCGCAGUGUCCCGCCGAGCUCUGGCAACCUCGGUGCGCCCUAUCGCCGCCCCAGUCUCCCGACAGAUUGCGCCCUUGGUCGCUCAACCACCAAGGCGGCAGUACCACGAGAAGGUCCUCGAUCACUACUCCCGCCCGCGCAACGUUGGAACAUUAGACAAGUCCGAUACCUCGGUCGGCGAGGGGUUGGUCGGCGCUCCGGCCUGUGGCGAUGUGAUGCGGCUUCAUAUCAAGGUCGACCCCGAUACACAGGUCAUCAGCGACGUGCGGUUCAAGACCUUCGGGUGCGGCUCUGCGAUCGCCUCGUCGAGCUACCUAACAGAGCUGGUCCGUGGCAUGACGCUCGACCAAGCCGCCAAGGUUAAAAACACAGAGAUUGCCAAGGAGCUUUGCCUGCCGCCAGUCAAGCUCCACUGCAGUAUGCUUGCCGAGGAUGCGAUCAAGUCGGCCAUCAACAACUACUACACGAAGAACCCCGCCGUGAAGACCACCAACCUCGCAGGGACGGCCGCUAAGCUCGAGACGGCGACGGCGGCGUAAGCCGAUACAAAUCUAAGAUGUUGCACAAAAAGACAAGAAAACCCUAAAGCAAAAAAAACAAGGGGGCGAAAUACUGAAAAUGGCUUUCUUCGCGCUGAUUGCAGCUUGUUAGCGCCCGCGAGGUUUCCUUUCUCUUGAAUCAGGCUCCAGCGAUGGCCGGCAUUCAGGUACCGUGGUGGAGUUUAGUGGGCUCGUGGUUUAGGGGGCGUGCAAUGGGUGUCUACAAUGCGCGGUCUCUCCGCUUCUUUUGCCUCGCGGGUGGAAUUGACAGUGUAUGUAUGAUACCAUGGCGUUUUGAGAAACCCAGAUUGGAACAUAACAUUCCCCAGUGUAUGCUACACUUGGUUGAAAUACUGGAUAUAAACCUCGAGCCGUGAGCUUGCAAGUACCUCUUAGGAAGUCUGCCAUUGUGUGGCACAAGUAGCGCUCUGGUCAUUGCACCG